GGAGGAGCCCCGGGCCGACUAACCGGGUCCCGAUGGCCUCCGAGGGCGACGGGGAGGCGCUGCCGGCCGCCGUGCGGGCGGCGAUCGAAAGGAAUCGACAGGGAGCGCUGCUGUUGCGGCGGGCCCGGCUGGCCUCCCGCCCCUAUCCUGCGACCCCUAAGGGAGGCCUCCCUACCACGGCACCGGCCAAGGUCGUUGAUACCGGAGGAGGGUUCAUUUUAGAAGAGGAGAAAGAAGAGGAACACCGAAUUGGGAAAGUGGUGCACCAGCCAGGGCCUGUUCUGGAAUGUGAUUAUAUCCUCUGUGAAGAAUGUGGAAAAGAAUUUAUGGACUCGUACCUCGUCAACAACUUCGAUCUGGCGACGUGUGAUAAUUGCAGAGACGCAGACGGCAAGCACAAGCUUAUAACAAAAACGGAUGCAAAGCAACAGUACCUCCUGAAAGACUGUGAUCUGGAGAAGAGAGAGCCCGUGCUCAGAUUUAUUCUGAAGAAAAAUCCUCAUCACGCCCAUUCGGGUGACAUGAAACUGUACCUGAAGCUGCAGGUCACGAAGCGGGCCCUGGAGGUUUGGGGGAGCGAAGAAGCCCUCGAGGAAGCGAGGGAAGGCCGAAGAGAGAAGAGAGAGAAAAUGAAACAGAAGAAAUUUGAUAAAAAAGUAAAAGAUCUGCGCCGAGCCAUACGGAGCAGCGUGUGGAAGAAAGACACGGGCGCCCACGAACACGAGUACGGCCCCGAAGAGAGCGUCGACGAGGACGUGUUCAGAAAGACCUGUACGACCUGUGGCCACGAAGUAACCUACGAGAAAAUGUAGCGGGUGUAUUGGUUUUAAGUCGGGCAGUUGGAAAUACUUUCCGUUUAAAUAAAGGCUAGAGUUUUGGGGGGCGGGGAGAUGCCGCGUAGCCCGGAAA